AUGUUCCGUGUCGGAAAUGUAAAGAGUUUGGGCGCGCAUGCGUCAAGACGCGCUCUUCUGCAGGUCAGUUACCGUCACCGUGUUUCGGGGUGGGGGAUUUUGCGCGCGGAAUAUCUGCUGAUAUAUAACCCUUUCCUUACAGCCGCCUCGAGCCCUGACAACCCUUCCCCAAGUGGCUCGCGGUCCACCCCGGAUAUUGGAGGUUCUGAUCGCAACUCCAUUGGCUUCCUUCUCAAUGGUGAGGGCGAACGGGAUUUCAUGCGGGAAUUUCCCAAGUCCACGACCCUGAGCCCGCCUAGCCAUGCUGCAGAAUACCAGAACUUGAUGAACAUCGCCGAGAGCAUUGAGCCUCCAGACAGAAGCAUAAGCCAAGCCCCGUCGGCAUAUGACGAAUAUGGACAGCUGCUCCCGGAAAAUAAUCUCAAUGCUAUGCUCAGUAACCUGGAAUUCGGGAAUUUUGAACGGCAGACGCAGAACUGGCAGAUGCCGGGAGAGAGCAUGAUCCCAUGGUCCGGCCCCGGCGUGCCCUUCUUGGAUCGUAACAUUCUUGAACAGAGAGCGUUUGAUAUCAGGGAGAAGUUGAGAUAUACGGCGGCCGCAAUAAACCCGCCAAACCCUGCCUCAAAAGAAGUGCUCGAUGCAAUCGAGCUGAUCACCGCAGAAAGAAUUGCUGUAAAUACCAAGUUGUACUUCCGGCACUGGCAUAAGCAUGCUCCCAUGGUCCACGAACCCUCGUUCAAUCCUUGUGUGGCUGCUUUGCCGCUGGUGUUGGCCGUGAUGAGCGUUGGCGGGAUGUAUUCAAAAGAAUCAGACGACGUUGAAAAGCUUAAGUUACUUUUGGACACGAUCGAAUGCUACGUCUUUUCUAUUCCAGGAAUAAGCGACGAAUAUGAUCUUCCAGGCCGCACGUACAUCGUACAAGGCGGAAACUCGUCCGCUGAUUGGCAGCAAUAUCAGAUGGAAGAGUUGCAAGGAGCCUAUCUUAUGAUUGUUUUGCAAUUCUGGACCGGAAAUCCCAUUGCCAGGAUAAGAGUUCGUCAGCAACGGUUCCAAAGGAUCGUCUCGAUAUUCCACCAUCUGGAAUUACAAGCCGUCCAGCAUUCACCGACUUUCCAAAUCACAGACCAGCAGUCAUUCCGCAGUUGGAUCCGAAAAGAGUCCUACAUCCGAACCGUUACGCUCGCAGUAAUGCUAGAUCAUUCAUUUGGCAUCUUCAACAACGUGUCACCGCGAUUCCAAUGGGCAGAGCUAGACCUCCCAUUUUCUAGUGACGACCGCUAUUUUAGCAUCGCGAAUUACGCUGAGUUACGAGCUCAAGGCUUAUACCCACAACUCAGGAUGAAGAUCAAAGAUGCAUUCCUCAUUCUCUUUUCUGCUCCAGACCGCGCGGACGAAGAACUGAAUAUCCUCCGUACAAGCAACCUCACUCCUUUUGAUAUGCAAAGCCUCAUUCAUUAUCUUUAUACCCACGUCUGGAAAUGCACCUUCUCGAACCCGCUAGUUAGCCUCCCAACAACCAACAUCCCAGAACUAGUUCUCCCUUUCAGGGCCGCGAUGCGCAACUGGCGCAUCGUCUGGGAUGAGAUACGACUGUCAGUCCCAGAAAGCGAGUGGAACAAGCUCGGAUUUCAAAGAACGGCAGAGACCUAUUUCGAUGCCGUGAAUUCGAUCCUAGACAUGUUCGAGAGGCGCAACGGCAAAUUCCCUCCACUCCCAAGUGAUUGCGAGAAGGGGACUCAUUUGAAGCGACUACUGAGUUUCUAA